AUGGACUCUUACCUGCCUGAAGGAUCAGCCAAAAGAUCAAGGACGCCAUUUUCUAUUGUAAAUUCUGUUGAAGAUGCUGACCAAAGGGCUCUGUUAUAUCAACAAUUGAGCCCUAAGGAAUCAAUUAUUAUGAGCGCUAACAACAGACUGACUAACUCUGAAUACAAUAAAAUAAGACUGGAUAAGGCAAAGCGCUGA